CCUGCACGAGCCUCCGCUUCUUCAUUCCAUGACAAAAUAAUUAUUGAGACAAGGCUAAACAACCGCACAACAUAAAAGGACGAUCUUUCCAUUCACUUUUUGCAGAGGAAAUCAAAUCUUUCCCAGCUUGGUGACUUUGGAGAGGCUUGGAUACCACUGCUUUUGCAUGGACAUUUUGUGAGUCACAGCGGGAGUUUUGUGUGUGUGGAAGUCACAUUUACCGCAGUACCUGUUCCAUUCCAACAGCCGAGGUUCUGUCCUACCCAGCGCCGUCUCCAGUGUGAAGCCUGCCCAAACUCAGCCCCGAGAGGUCCGGCUCCCAGACCAGCACCCUUUACAUGAGACAGCUGUGUGUCUGUGUGUCUGUCCUGCUAGCCUUGGCCACCAUGGCUGUAGCUAGGUCUAAAGCAGGACCAGAGCAGAAGUGCAAGUCCUGCCCAGUGGACCUCAUGUUCAUUAUUGACAGCUCUCGAAGUGUGCGGCCCCACGAGUUUGAGACCAUGCGCAAGUUCAUGAUUGACAUCAUCCACACACUGGACAUGGAGGCAAAUGCCACCCGAGUGGGCGUGGUGCAGUACUCCAGCCAGGUCCAGAAUGAAUUCUCUCUCAAGACCCACAGCAAGCUGCAGGGCAUGGUGAAAGGCAUCAAUGAGAUCCUCCCCCUGGCGCAGGGCACCAUAACUGGCCUGGCCAUCAAGUAUGUUAUGAACCAUGCCUUCACGGCAGCCGAGGGCGACCGACCCAAGGUGCCCAAUGUGGCCAUCAUCGUAACAGACGGGCGGCCCCAGGACCGCGUGGCGGAGGUAGCAGCCGAGGCUCGAGACAAAGGAAUCGAGAUCUAUGCGGUGGGUGUCGCCCGGGCGGAUAUGACCUCGCUGCGUGCUAUGGUGUCACCGCCCAUCGAGGACCAUGUCUUCCUGGUGGAGUCUUUUGACCUGAUCUACCAGUUUGGCCUGCAGUUCCAGGACAAGCUCUGCGGGAUGGAUCUGUGCCUGGAGUCGGACCAUGGCUGUGUGCACCUCUGUGAGAGCUCCCCUGGUUCUUUCCACUGCCUGUGUCUGCCAGGGUACACUCUCAACGAGGAUGGCAAAACCUGUAAAGGUAUAGGCUGUCGAUGGGGCUAGAAAUGAGCCAACUUAAUCAUUUUGUAUUAUUAUUAAUGAACUAUACACUGAAUAUACCUAAUAUUGAGUUGCACUCCUCCCACACACACACUUUUGCCCUUAGAACAGCCUACAUUUUUGGGGGCAUGGACUCUACAAGGUGUCGAAGCGUUCCAAAGGGAUUCUGGCACAUGUUGACUCCAAUGCUUCCCACAGUUGAGUCAAGUUGGCUGGAUGUCCUUUGGGUGGUGGACCAUUCUUCAUACACACGGGAAACUGUUGAGCAAA